CGAUAGAGGCACCGGCUUUCGAACCGAACCAUCCCCAAUUGUCGGGACUUCGGGCCAGUCCCCUCAUGGAUCAAGAACUUUGACCAGGUACUUGGAAUUGAACUCUAUCUUGCCAAAAGGGUACACAUGUCGAGGAGAAUAUGAGGACCGCGGGUAUUUAAGGGACCAGAUUGCCCAAGUUGUUCAUCGGCAAUCGCUAUCGAGUCUUUCAAUUGAAAUUACUUCGAUAUCUAUUAUCAAGUCAUUUCCUGCCAUCUAUUCAUCAUGCGCUUUUCCAGUCACUAUGCUUUACUGCUUCCAGUACUAGCAAGAGCCGCUCCAGUUGUACAAUCGAAUCUUGACGUAUCGAUUAGCACCACUGGUGCGACUGUUGACAUCUCUGUUACAAAUCAUGGGGCUGAGGAUGUCGAUCUUUUCACUCUGGGUUCUGUGCUUUCGCCUUACGGCGUGAAUGUAGCGGUCUCUAAAGAUGGCAAACCGGUGCGUUUCAGGGGACUGUUCGUGCGACCCAGGACCUCCAACCUUUCCGGGGCCGAUUUCACGCACAUUGGUUCUGGAGAAACAAAGACGAAUUCCGUCGACAUCAGCACCAAGUUUGAUACCAGCUCCGGUGGCGAGUUCCAAGUCACUGUUUCACCCUCGCUUCGAUUAGCCGACGAGGACUUCGGCCUCGGAGCCCCCAUCUCGCUGCCUGCCGUUACCGCAUCUGUGACUGUGACGCCAGGAGCCCUACGGAAACGUGUGCUGCGGAAAUCCAUAUCCCCACGGCAGUCGAGCAGUCACCCCCAAGUUCAAGCAAAUUGCGUGGGUGACCAGCUGCAGUCUAUCGAGGCAGCCCUGGACAAUGCUGCCGAAUGGAUCGGCAAGGCAAAAGUGGACGUCGAGAACUUGACCUCCAUAUAUGUGGACGAGUACUUCCGCGUUCCCGUCAGCGAGACGAGUGACAUUAUCCGCGGAAUGCUCAUAGCCCGCAUCGCGAACCUCGACGCCGAGUUGACCGGUACCAAUAAUACAACCCAAAUUUACUGCGGGGAUGAUGAUGCUAUCGAUUAUCGAGGCCAGCCGUCUCCAUGUCUGACCGUAGGAGUUGUCGGAUUUGCCAAUCCAGAGACGAACCAAGUUGCAUUGUGCGGCCCGAACUGGGAGAUUCCGGCCAGCAGCCCAGUUUGUCAAGGCCCAUACCAGGAUGACCAGACCACGAACAUCAUUCACGAGCUGAUGCACUGCAAUUCUGUGGGGAUAGUCGAUCCCGGGUUGACCGCCCCUAUGGACUAUGCAUACACGUACGAGGAGACCCGAAGCGAUGACUGGAUUUAUGGUGGGCUGGUCGAGAAUGCGGAUAGUUAUGGGAUGUAUGCCAAAGGUGUCGGUUAUGAACUCCCCUCUCCUUGCCCCCCAGCCGAGACUUGAUGUGGCAUAUUUUCGAGAUCCUGCCUUUCUGAGGCGUGGCGCGUAGUGCACUGCUUUAUUGUGAUUGCUUCGGCUCGGCCAUAUUUUUCAGCAUCUAUUAUCAUCAGCAUCGAUUCCGGGACAACAGCUUGAGCUUGUGCAGGUCUGGGCUAUUCGAAGAUCUGGCACCUGAAAGGACGGCAGCUGCUUCAUAUUUGGUACAGUUCGUCUAGCAUCUGUG